AUGAGAGGUUCACCCCUAUUCGAUCAUAGCGAAGAAACGGUACAAGCAUCUAUAGGUUCACUCGAAGAAUGCCAAGAAGCUAUUGAACUCAAGGGUGCAAAAACCCUUAGAGAAGUAAUCGAUUUACUCCAAAAAACGAUCCACAAAUUCGUCCUAUCAGCUUUCAUUCCAAAAUUACUUGACGAACCACACAACAUGCUAAUAACAUUUCCACGCGAUGCCCUAACUCCAGAUCUUGAAUUGCCUCGAUCGGUUCCCAUGAAAGAUCAAGAUGAAAUCAAAGGUGCGUUAAAUCAAAUAAAUCCGACGACGGGAUACGCGAUCUUGCUUCGGUACGGAAAUCAGAUUGCCGAAUGUUUGAAUAGACUUGAUAGGCACUUGGAAUUGCGGAUUGAAGGCAUCGAGAAUGAGAAUCCGGGCAUAAAAGUUAUUUAUGACGGAGAAUUGGAUUCCGAAAAAAUUAAAAAAAUCUGGGAAAUAUUUACGUUAAUCGAAACAACCGUGUAA